AUGAGUCAGGAACAACCACAGCGACCACAACCUCAAGAAGAGCCACAAGAGCCCAUCAAGUACGGCGACGUCUUCAACGUCUCCGGCGAGUUGGCCAAAAAACCCAUCACUCCACAAGAUGCAGCCGACAUGCAAGCCGCCGAGAACUUGGUUCUUGGGGAGACUCAGAAAGGCGGUCCAGCUGCCGUCAUGCAGUCGUCCGCCGCCGUCAACAACAACCGUGGCCUUGUUGGCCUCUACGAUUUUAGUGACCCGGGCAUCGCCAUCUCCGACACCGAAUACGCCGGGCACCGAAUCGUGACCGAGUCCGUCGGUGGAGAGGCAACUUUCAUCAAUCUCACCUCUAAUCAAGUAGCGGAGCCAGCGAAUCUACGAAGAGAUAACGGAAUUUAA